AUGGCGUCUAUGGAAAUGCAUUCGUUCACAAGAGAGAUGCAGCCACUGGUGGAAAAUGAGAAUUCCAACCAAAUGUCUGAGGUUUGUUUUUUAUACCAAAUUUUUCAGUAAAUUUGUAAAAUGUUUACGAAAAAUCAUUUUUUUGUUAUUUUUUUAUUAUGGAAAAUUAAAAAGAAACUGUGUCGUUAAUAUUUAAAAAAAGUGAAAAGUUCGUUAUUUACCAUUGAGAAAAAAAGAGAUAAACAAAUAUUAAAAUAUAUAAGUUAGAAGUAUUAUGAAACUGUGAACUCUGAUUUGGAUGCAGUUAACUUCGAUAGCUCUAUCAUGCAUCCAAAGAAAAUUUCGAAAAACGUUUUUUUUAUGAGCGUGAAACGCCAGAUGAAAGAGAAAAUCUCUUCAAAAAUUGAAGGAUUGUUAUUUCCAGGAACGGGUCAAAACCGCUCACGGAGCGGUCAAGGUUUCAAUUUACGGCGACAAGAACGAUCGUAGCAAACUUCCUAUCGUCACUUUCCACGACUUGGGCCUGGACUGUGAGUGAAGUGUGUAAGGAAUUUUUUCAUCGAACUUUUUUCAGCGGAGAGCAACUUUCAAAAUUUUUUCCAAUUUGUCUCAAUCGCCGAAUUCGCCCAAAAGUUCUGCAUCUACAACAUAAAUGCUCCCGGCCAGGAGAUGGACGCUGCCGCUCUUCCCGACAAGUUUUUCUAAAUCUUUUUCAAUCAUUUCAUCAAAGUGUUCAGUUUUGUGUACCCUACAAUGGAUGGGCUGGCGAAGGUUGUGGAAUCCGUAGUUGAUCAGUUCAAGUGAGGUUUUUGAAGAUAGCAGUUUCGAUUAUUAUUAUUGAGACUAAAACUAAGCUUAAAAUUUAUAAUUAAAACGUAUGGCUUUUUGAAGGUUGGACCACUUCAUCGCUUUCGGUGUUGGUGUGGGAGCAAAUGUCCUUCUUCGAUAUGCGGUCAGCUCUCGAAAAAUUCUCGUAAACAAAAAUUUUCAGAUUGCCAAUCAGAACAGGAUAGACGCCUUGGUUCUUGUGAACUGUUGCGCGACGCAGGCUGGCUGGGUCGAAUGGGGUUAUGAGAAGGUUCGUUCUUCUUUCUGACAGUUGAAGAUUCUCUGUAGUGGAACAUUCGGAACCUGCGGGGCACUGGCAUGACCGCCUUCACUAUCGAAUAUUUGCUCUGGCAUCAUUUCGGCCGUCGCGUCGACCAGUGCAACUCGGACAUUGUGCGGCAGUAUCGCGUCUUUUUCCAACACCUUCCGAACCCGCAGAACCUGGCAGCGUUCAUGGAAAGCUAUUUACAGUGAGAUUCUCCUUGUUAGGCUGGUGACUUCUUUCUGUUCAGGCGCACUCCUGUAGUUCUGUCUCGGGACGGUACUUCUGGACCGCAGCUCAACGUUCCCGUUCUUCAGAUGGUUGGAGCCGGGAGCGCUUUUGUUGACGACAGUGUUGAUGUGAACACUAAGUUGGACCCUGCUCAAUCGGAUUGGAUCAAGGUAUGAUUUUUCUCGAUAGCAUGCUUAUUCGGCCUUUUCUGCUCUCGAAAAAUAAGUAAGCAAUGUAUAAAUUCCUAAUUUUUUGACGGGUUUCUCAGAGGACCUCGUAAAAUUCAUUCUAGAGAGUAGCUUUUGGGACCUUUGAAAAAAGGUUCUGAUGAUUUUCAACGCGACAUAGCGCUUUCCUGUCGUGAAAAUGAAUGGAAAUUGAUUUGAGGUAGGUUUCAUUGACUUGAAUUUGUUAUUUUUGCACUCUUUUAUCGAUGAAAAAUUUGAGAGAAGAUUUUUUAUAUGAAUAUAUAUAUCAUGAAGAUAUUUUAGAAAAACUUCUAGUUCCUAUUUUCUCAUAAAUAAAUGUCAUAUUUUUGCAAUAAACUUUCGUAGAAACUUGCAGGGAAAUUUUACAUGCACGAAAAACUAUCUUUUUAAAAAGAUCAUUCCCAGAUCUCCGAUUCGUGUGGUCUCGUCUUGGAUGACCGGCCAGAGGUGGUAACUGAAAGUUUGAUGCUUUUCCUUCAAGGUCUCGGCUACUGUGAGUGGAUUUUCAGUUUUUCUUUUAUACAUUAAAGACGUUUCAGUCCCUACCCUCAAUGUGUCCAAGCUGAUUAAAAAGAUGCAGGACGCUCAGAACGGCUCUUUUUCGGUCGACACGGCAGCCGUGAACGAGUGCUAG